UCCGGCCUCUCCUGACUCACGCCCCGAUGUACUGAAUCCAUCUGGAACCGAGACGCUGCUGAAGUGCAGAGCACAGCGUCACGGCUUAGCGAAGACAGCUUUGAAUUGUGAUUUUAACCUUUCCUGUAAAAAAUAAGUUGCCUCCUGUCGUACGAAAAUAACUGAGUGCUCGUUAUUUUGCGUUCAGGCUUUGAAGCCACUGUAAUAUUAACUUCUGACUGGCUUAAAUUUUAUUCUGAAGCAUGACUUUUUUCAGCGUUCACGGCUGAAAAGCUGAAACCUUCAGUUUCAGAGCAAACGUUUUUAGGUGAUUUAGACAAGAAAUUACUCUCGAAGGUGAUAAACUGUUUCUGCUAGGUGGUCUUUGUACUGUGGCAGUCAAAAAGCAUAAUUCCUGCAUUGUAUGGUUGGUGGUGAUUGGUUGGUUCGUGUAUUUGUUUUGGUUUUGCAUUGUGUUUUUUUCAGGCAUGCAUGUAAUGAAGACUGUUAAGAAGGGUGUUACCUUUUUUCUUUUCACAGCCCCAUUUUUCUUGGUACUACAGAAAGCAACAUAGGCAACUUCAGGUUUUAAAAUGUGUGUAGAUGUUGUUUUGCAAUAGUCCUGUAGAAUGACUUGUCAUGAUGGGUACUAAUCAGAACUAGGGGCCAGCUACAGCAGGAAAGUGAAAUGUUAUUUGGAUGUUGAAGGAAUGAACACAGUGCUGUCUUCUCUUCUCACACUGAAGUGGAUGUCUCUAUUUUCUACAACUGAAAUGACUUAUUAAACUUGGAGGCUUCUGAGCAAGGGAAAUAAGAAAUACCCGGUAUGGCCUCAUCAUCAACACCUAAAUAUAAUUCAAACUCCCUGGAGAGUUCCUCAAGUAAAAGGACUCUAAAAGAUGGACCUAACUGGGAGCAAAAUGAAGAAAUACCUCGUCUGCCAGGAGAGACUAGAGUUACAGACAAGGAUGUUAUUUAUAUGUGUCCAUUUAAUGGCCCUGUUAAAGGAAGAGUGUACAUCACAAACUACAGGCUGUACCUAAGAAGUGUGGAAAAUGAUCCAGUUGUGGUAUUGAAUGUUCCAUUGGGUGUAAUUUCAAGGAUUGAAAAAAUGGGAGGAGCUUCAAGCAGAGGAGAGAACUCUUAUGGAUUAGAUAUAACCUGUAAAGAUAUGAGAAAUUUACGGUUUGCAUUAAAACAAGAAGGGCACAGUAGAAGAGAUAUAUUUGAAGUCCUCACAAAAUAUGCUUUUCCACAGUCACACAACUUGCUUUUCUUUGCAUUUGUAAAUGAAGAAAAGUUUUCUGAAAAUGGAUGGAUGGUGUACAAUCCAAUGGCUGAAUACAGGAGACAAGGGCUGCCCAACGAGCGGUGGCGAGUCACCUUCAUCAACGAGCACUACGGGCUGUGCGACACGUACCCGUCGCUGCUGGUGGUGCCGUAUAACGCCACCGAUGACGACCUCAAGAAAGUUGCUUCCUUCAGGUCCCGAAACAGAAUCCCGGUUCUGUCAUGGAUUCAUCCAGAGACUCAAGCUGUUAUUAUGCGCUGCAGUCAGCCCCUGGUUGGGAUGAGUGGCAAGCGGAACAAGGACGAUGAAAGAUACCUGGAUAUCAUCAGGGAGGCAAAUGGGCAGAUCUCAAAACUGACCAUCUAUGAUGCUAGGCCCAAUGUCAACGCAGUUGCAAACAAGGCAACUGGGGGAGGGUACGAAGGUGAAGAUGCAUAUCCCAAUGCAGAACUUUUCUUUUUGGACAUACAUAAUAUUCAUGUCAUGCGGGAAUCUUUGAAGAAGUUGAAGGACAUUGUUUAUCCUAAUGUGGAAGAAUCACACUGGUUGUCAAGUCUGGAAUCAACCCACUGGUUAGAACAUAUAAAGCUUGUCUUGACAGGAGCUAUCCAAGUGGCAGACAAGGUAUCCUCAGGAAGGAGCUCUGUGUUGGUUCACUGCAGUGAUGGCUGGGACAGGACAGCACAGCUCACCUCACUGGCCAUGUUGAUGCUAGACAGCUACUACAGAACUAUUGAAGGCUUUGAAGUUCUGGUGCAAAAAGAGUGGAUAAGCUUUGGACACAAAUUUGCAUCGAGAAUAGGCCACGGCGAUAAGAAUCAUGCUGAUGCGGACAGAUCACCCAUCUUUCUCCAGUUUAUUGACUGUGUGUGGCAGAUGUCUAAACAGUUUCCUACAGCCUUUGAAUUCAAUGAGCAGUUCUUGAUUACAAUCCUGGAUCACUUGUACAGUUGCCGGUUUGGUACUUUCUUAUACAACAGUGAGUCUCUGAGAGAAAAAGAGAAAGUGACUGAGAAAACAUUAUCGUUAUGGUCUCUGAUAAACAGUGAAAAAUCUAAAUACACCAAUCCUUUUUAUACUAAAGAGCUAAAUCGAGCACUCUACCCGGUAGCCAGCAUGCGCCAUUUGGAGCUCUGGGUCAGUUACUACAUCAGGUGGAACCCAAGAAUUCGGCAGCAACAGCCAAAUCCAGUGGAGCAGCGUUACAUGGAGCUCCUUGCAUUACGUGAUGAUUACAUGAGGAGACUUGAAGAACUACAGAUCACAAAUAAUUCUAAGAUAGCCAAUUCAUCAGCCUCUUCAGCAUCUCCUUCACAAAUGAUGUCCCAAGUACAAACACAUUUUUGAAGAAAAUGUUGGCUUCUUCCCAUACUGUAAUAGCAAGUGGUGCUUAACAUAGAUCUAUAGCAUAAAGAGGAAUAUUUUAAUGCCUUACAUUAGACUGGCCUAACACAAAUUAUUUUAGACUGUCUUCAGUUGAGGAGGACUUCAGAACAAGGAAACUCAGUUCUUCAGUUACGUGCCUUUCAGAAUCUGUGGACUGGGAACAUUAUUAAUAAACUUCUAAUUAUGGAGGGAUUUAAGAGCUAUUUUGCAAAGUCUGGUACAAUUGAAAUGAAAUUGAUCUAUUAUUUUCAUAAGGAUGCUUUAAUUUAUUACAGUGUAGGAAAUUCAUGCGCAGUCUCACAUGUCAUGAAUAACCACAUUAAUGGCAAUAGGAACAUUCACAUUGUGGAAAAUUAGGUAUGUGUGAAUUCCUGUUAGGAACAGGUGUGUGGAGUUAAUGAGAUAGAAACAAAUUCUUUUCUAAGAUUUCAGAGAGAAGUGUUGAAAUAUUCUGGUUACCUGAGAAUUUCACAUUUUCCUUUUUCAAAAUAAAAAUAUGGAAGGGAUUUCACUGAUAUGCUUCUAACUCAAAAGUUCAAAUACGUUAGUAGAUACAAAAAUAAAAGAAAAAUAUUCUUUCUUGUAAAUUAUUUUUUUGGCAACAAAUUACAAUUGUGCUGGAGAAGUCCUGGUUUGGCUAACUGUUCACCACUAAAGCAUAUUACAAAUGGUCACUGGUGACACUGUUGGUUCUUUGGAUUAAUAUUGUAUAACAUGGUUCUAAAGAACAUGCAUAUCAUUAAAACCAGGCCCACAGAGACAUCGUUUAAAUGUUCAGCAAGAGCCAUAGUAUUAUGCUUUUACCAAGAAAGGUUGGACCAGAUGAUCCUUGAAGUCCCUUCCAACCUCGUAUUCUAUAAUUAAAGCCUGUUUUUUUCUUCUAAAACAAAUGUGCCUGUUUGAAGGAGCUUUUAUACCAAAGUAGGUAAAAAAUUUUCAGCUACAAAUACUGUUGAAAAUUUGUAAAUUUACAGCUUACUCUUUAACUUUUAUUCAAGGAAUUUAUUCUCAAGUACUUAGGGAGACUUCAGUAUACAAGAUUCAUCUAUGGUGUGUGCACUUACAUUGAACCUUCCAAUGAAUUCUAGUUUCAAGCCUUCAUUUCAGAGGCUUCUUGUAAACCUUUAAUUUGUUCAUUUCAGGUAUUUUUUAAAAUACUUGCAAGCAUUUUUUUAUGAUAGUGCAAACCAUCGCUACUUAAUAUUUAAUUAACAUUUUGCAUACUCACAGAAAUUUAAUGAUAUUCAGGCAAUCCAGGAAAUAUUGCAGUUCAGAAUCUGUAGAGGACUCUAAUAUUGUUAUUUUAAAGGAGAUGUUUUGAUGCUUGAAGCUUCUGUCAUUGUAAAUUAUUGUACAUGUGGUGAGUUUUGAUCUGCAAGAUAAAAUGGGUUUAUAUAUAAAUUAAGUUUUGUGUAAGUAUAUAUAAUAUGGUUUAUUAGAAAUUCUGCAAGUUUAUAAAGUGUAAAUAUUUUGCAUAUGAAAACUAAAUUUAAAGCUAUGAUUCCAUAAAGUAAGGCAAAGUUUAGAGGACAUCUGAGUAUUUUGAGAACAGUGUUUUUUCAUAGGAAUGAAAGUGUACCGCCUCUUGAUUUAAUUCAGUAUAUACACUGAAUUGCACUAUUGUUUUUCAGGGAAGCUCAGAGCAUAUGGCACAUGUGUUCUAAAUACACAUGAUUUAUAUUACCUAUUUUUGUCCUCUAAAUGUCAUUCUCCUAUUAAUGUUCUUCAGUAUGUGUUUCCGAAACAACAUUGUCCCAAAAUCUUGUCAAGGUAAUUAAGAUGUAUUGUGUCAGAUAGAUGAAGAAGGAUACUCAACUUCUAAUGAUAUACUUUACAUUUUGAAAGCUAUGCAUACUCCAGUAUAUUUGCCUUCUAUUUGUGGUUUAUAAAAAAAAGCUAUUUUUACUAGACUAUUUAAAAUUUCUGUAUUCGAGUUGAACGCGUUGGUGACAUCUCUGAGCAGUGUGGAGAAGUUCAGAAAAAUCUAAUAGUUUUUACUGUGUAAACACUACAUGAUGACCUGUUGCAUUUGGGAAAGUGUAAUAUAAUGGAAAGGAUCUUUUUGCACUUCAUUACAUAUAUACCAGUAUUCACAUUACUGCUUAAGUCGAAUUUCAGUCUUGAAGCUCUCUAACAUAGCUCUGUGUGGGCUUGGAUUUUUUUUUCAAGUCGACAGAUAAGAUACUUGUUUUAAUUCUAUUUGUACAUGGCAAUGCUAGGCAAACAUAGGGGUGUUUUUAAUCCAGUACUUUCUGAAAAUUACUACUUUAAAGUUGUUGUGAAGGCAGGCGUACAAACUGAUCAAUGUUAACAGAAAACUUUUCCUCUCUCCGCUGAAAUGCAUGGUCCAGGCUGUCAUUCUGUGCUGUACCUGUGCUGCAUUCCAGCCCCUUCCCUGCCUUCUGUUCCCUCUUGGAGCUGUGGCACCAAGAACAAACCUGGGGAAGCUUUUCUGGGGAUGAAGGGGGGAGUUCCAGGCACCGAGUGCCUUUCCCAGGAGGGGUGAAAAACCAGGGCUGGGCUGUGAACACCAACAGCAAUAAAUGCACAAUAUCUAGAACGAAAUACCCAUCUUGGAACAUUUUCAGGUGUUUCAUUUCUGUAUUCUUACUUUUGCGGUCCCCAGAGGUAACCCAGUUUUUGUUCUGGGCUUCAGUUGCUUAUCUAAACAGUGUAUUUGUUGAAUGCCUUCUUGAUUUGUUUACGCCUCACCCCCCCAGCAUCACGGUUAUGGGCGUACCCCAGCACGGCGUCUGUUCUACCUCCUUUUGAUGUGCUUUUAAACUUGGCCUUGACUUCAGUUUUUUUUGUCUCGCAGUCAGCAUUUCGUGUCGUGCUUGAGAAAACAGGUUUUUAUGACUGACCGGGCUUCUCCCUGUUCUCUCGGCUGCUCCUUGAAUCCCAGCGGGAGGCUGCGGGCCUGCUGUGCUGCGGGCCUGCGGUGCUGCGGGCCUGCUCUGCUGCGGGGUGCGCUUUGUCAGCCGACUUUGGGGCGGGGGGGGCUGGGGAGGAAGAGACCUUCCCAUCCGCCUGCCAUGUAUGUGUGUGAAGGGGGGGAAAAAAAGAAAUAAAGACGUCGGUUUUGAA